GAAGGAUGACACCGGAUUUUGACGAAGAGGUGGUUUUUGAGGCUAGAUUCCAUAUAUAUCUUCAAAGUUAGUUCCUUUAUCUUGGAGCCUGACUACCCCCUGGAGGCUGAAGUGGGAAGGACAACAUAACCUCACACUCAGGCUGAGCAGCAACAGGACAAAGUUUAGAAAAUGAUGGACUCCAUAUCUAACUUAUGGAGUAAUACUGAGUGGCACUGAAGAAAUUACGUUCAGAUUUUUUCAAAGAACUGCUUCUGAUAGGAAAAUGCUUAGUAAUGAUGAAGACACGCCCUCCAGUUCAGUGGCCAUUUUGUACGGUAGUGCUGGAGAAACAAGUGGGAACCAUCAAAGAAAGAAGUGUACGGAUCAAAGGAAUAUGGUCAAGAGGCAGUAAAUUUUUCCUCUAGGUCAAGUGGAGAAAUUAGAACUAUGCUGCCUAAUUCUCCACUUUACCAGUACUUACAGGAUCUGGGACACACAGACUUCGAAGUAUGUUCCUCUCUGUCACCAAAACCAGAAAAAUGCACAGUGACAGAGGGACAACAAAAGCCUCCUGCAAGAGCCCUGCCAAAACGAGGCAUCCUGUUAAAAGUGGCUGAAACCAUCAAAAGCUGGAUUUUGGUUCAGUGCAGUAAGAAUGAUGACUUACUUCACAAGUUGGAUAUUGGAUUCCGACACGACUCACUACAUACCAUCCUGCAACAGGAAGUCCUGUUACAAGAGGAUGUGGAACUGAUUGAGCUACUUGAUCCCAGUGUCCUGUCUGCAGGGCAACCUCAACAACAGGAAAAUGGACACCUUCCAACACUUUGCUCCCUGGCGACCCCUAAUAUUUGGGAUGUCUCAGUGCUAUUUGCCUUCAUUAGUUUGCUCAUUAUGCUUCCCACUUGGUGGAUUGUAUCUUCCUGGCUGCUAUGGGGAGUGAUUCUAUUUGUUUAUCUGAUCAUAAGAGCUUUGAGAUUAUGGAGGACAGCAAAACUACAAAUAACCCUAAAAAAAUACAAUGUCCAUUUGGAAGAUAUAGCAACAAAUAGCCGAGGUUUUACUAACCUCGUGAGAAAAGCUUUACGUCUCAUUCAAGAAACUGAAGUCAUUUCCAGAGGAUUUACACUUUUGCUUGACAGGGUCAGUGCUGCUUGCCCAUUUAAUAAAGCUGGACAGCAUCCCAGUCAGCAUCUCAUCGGUCUUCGGAAAGCUGUCUACAGAACUGUAAGAGCCAACUUUCAAGCAGCAAGGCUAGCUACCCUAUAUAUGCUGAAAAACUACCCCCUGAACUCUGAGAGUGACAAUGUAACCAACUACAUCUGUGUGGUGCCUUUUAAGGAGCUGGGCCUUGGACUUAGUGAAGAGCAGAUUUCAGAAGAGGAAGCACAUAACCUUACAGAUGGCUUCAGCCUGCCUGCAUUGAAGGUUUUGUUCCAACUCUGGGUGGCGCAGAGUUCAGAGUUCUUCAGGCGGUUAGCCCUGUUACUUUCUACGGCUAAUUCACCUCCUGGGCCCUUACUUACUCCAGCACUUUUGCCUCAUCAUAUUUUAUCUGAUGUGACUCAAGGUCUACCUCAUGCUCAUUCUGCCUGUUUGGAAGAGCUUAAGCGCAGCUAUGAGUUCUAUCGGUACUUUGAAACUCAGCACCAGUCAGUACCCCAGCGUUUAUCCAAAACUCAGCAGAAGUCAAGAGAACUGAAUAAUGUUCACACAGCAGUACGCAGCUUGCAGCUCCAUCUGAAAGCAUUACUGAAUGAGGUAAUAAUUUUUGAAGAUGAACUUGAAAAGCUUGUUUGUACUAGAGAAACACAAGAACUAGUGUCAGAAGCUUAUCAAAUCCUAGAACAGAAAUUAAAGUUGAUUCAGCCCCAUGUUCAAGCGAGCAACAGUUGCUGGGAAGAGGCCAUUUCUCAAGUGGACAAGUUGCUACGAAGAAAUACAGAUAAAAAAGGCAAACCUGAAAUGGCAUGUGAAAACCCACACUGUACUGUGGUACCUUUGAUGCAGCCUCCUCUCCACAUUGCAGACAAGGAUCCAAUCCCUGAGGAGCAGGAGUUAGAAGCUUAUGUAGAUGAUAUUGAUAUGGACAGUGAUUUCAGAAAGGAUGAUUUUUAUUACUUGUCUCAAGAAGACAGAGAGAGACAGGAGCGUGAGCAUGAAGAAUCCAAGAGGGUACUCCAAGAACUAAAAACUGUGCUGGGAUUUAAAGCAUCAGAGGCAGAAAGGCAGAAGUGGAAGCAACUUCUAUUUAGUGAUCAUGCUGUGUUGAAAUCCUUGUGUCCUGUAGACCCAGUGGAACCCAUAAGUAAUUCAGAACCAUCAGUGGAUUCACAUAUGGGGAAAGUUUGUAAAAAUGAUACUGAAGAGGAAAAUAAUAAACCCUCUACAACCGACAAUGAAAUAAGUAAUAGGACUGAGUAUUUAUGUGAAUACCCUCUAGAUGGUAAAAAUAAAGACAAUUCUGCAAAUGAAGUCUUCCUCCAAGGAGCUGAAGAAAGAGUGUAUUAUCAAUGUGAGAGCGAAGAUGAGUCCCAGCAGGCUGAUGCAGGUGGCCUGGCCCCUGCCCACCCAACCCACGGGGCCUCAUCUCAGCCCUCCAUCAAGCAGAGGCUGGCACAGCUACAGCUGUCACCGGAUUUUACCUUCACUGCUGGCAUCGCUGCAGAAGUGGCUGCUAGAUCUCUCUCCUUUACUACCAUGCAGGAACAGACUUUUGGUGAUGAGGAGGAAGAACAAAUAAUGGAAGAAAAUGAAAAUGAGGUAGAAGAAAAGUAAGAACCAAGAUUUACAUUAAGGAUUUUAAAUUGUUCUUUUUUGUGAAAGUGUUUUAACUUCAAGACUAGAUGUUCCACUGGAAAGGGAAAAUGAGUGUAAGUUUACUAUAUUUAAAGCUAAGAUGUGAAUUUACAGGAAGAAUCCUGGUUUGAACAACUGAUCUGAAAAUAGUAGUUUACCUGUAAAUGGCAGACCUUUUAGGAAAAUAAGAGAAAGGUAAGGGCUCUUUUGAAUAAACUGCUAUUUUAUUUUCAGCACAA